UCUACCCUUUGAAAACCCGUUCGACUCGUUCCAUCACCUCCUUAAAUUCAAUUUUCCUCGCCGCAUCUCCGCACUGCAUUCCGUAGAAUCCUCGUGGAAAGGCUUCCCCUCCGACCCCCUCGGCCCUCUUCGGCCUCCCUCGGCUCCCUUCGGCCUCCCUCGGCCCUCUUCGGUCCCCCUCGGCUCCCUUCGGCCUCCCUCGGCCCUGUGUCUCCGCUUCCCACGAUCGGGAUGAAACCACGUGUAUCCAAACGUGGCCAGUGAUCGACAUAGGCUCCCCUCCAUCCCUUCCGUGUUGUCACCGCAACCAGGACUCCCAUCGUGUCGCUAUCGACCUCUCCCGCUUCCUCCCUUCCUCUCCCACGUGAGACACCCACGACUUUUUCGUCUUUCGAAUGGUGCCGAUGACACUCGUCGAACGGGGUGCGUCCAUGAGCGACGGGAUCGCGAUCCGCGAGGCCAGGAGGGACGACUGCGCGGGGAUCAUGAAGCUCAUCCACGAACUGGCGGAAUUCGAGAAGAUCCCGGAGGAGAUCGUCAUCACCAAAGACACACUGGAGAGAGACGGAUUCGGGAGCGAGCAUCCCUGGUUCCGGUGCUGGGUCGCGGAGGACCCCGCCGCGGGCCUGGUGGGGUUCGUGCUCUUCUACUACACGUACGACACGUCGGACGGGAGGCAGGCGUACAUGGAGGACUUCUUCGUCACGGCCUCGCACAGGGGGUGCGGGGUGGGAGGUCGCAUGCUCGGAUGCGUGGCGCAGGUCUUCCUCCUUCUCUCUCUAAGGGAUUUAUUCCAGGAUUUCUGGGAUUUUGGGGGAUUUGGUGGGUGUUUGGGAUUUAGAGGGGUUGUGGGGUUCGGUGGGCGGGGGGUCCCCGAAGCUGAGGUGUUGGCCCGCGGCUGCACCCGCCUCAGCUUCCACGUCCUCAACUGGAACCGGGACGCGGUCGACUUCUACGUGAAGCGCGGGGCGAUGGACCUGACGCGGGACGAGGACUUCCACGUCUUCUGCUUCGCCAAGCACACGCUCGAGGCGCUUCCCAAGUGA